AAAUUAAUGCAGAGAACCCUCUGGUCCAACCGCUCAGCUGGCGCGCGGCACAAUGUUGGAUGUGUGUGAACAACCUGUUCCAGUUGUUUGUGCUGUCGUUGCUAAUUCUACACCGGAUAUCAGCUUGUGUUUCAGUACGGAAAGCCAUCUGUUAUAUUGUAAACAUGGCUUUUAUCAUUGCAGCUGCAAUCUAUUAUUGUUAUACACUUUUACAAACUAUUUUCUUGGGGGGGCGACAGAAACAUUUGUCACAGUACUUUUUCUCAAUGCUAGCUAAAUAAUAAACUGCCAUCAGUUUAGUAUUGUUCUUUUGGGUAGUUGAAGAGCACGCGUGAGGGGUAGGCGGUGAAGCUGCGAGGAACAAGGCCGAAAGCCCGAAUAAAUUUGCAUCAUUUUACUGCCGUAAAAUGCCGAAGAUAAGCCCCUCCAAAUAUAAGCCCCCCAAUCUUUUAACCCAAAAAACCUUCCGUUAAAUCGCCCCUCCAAAUAUAAGCCCCCUGGGAGCUUGUACUUGGAAAUUGCCUUCAAAUACAAAGUAAAACAAAGCAAAAACGGUAAAUUUUCUUCCAACUAUAAGGCUGGUCCAAUCGAUUUUGAAACGCAAAUUUCCCUCCAUAAAUAACCCCCUCCAAAAAUAAGCCCCUCAAAAAGGGCCUUUGAAAAAUAUAAGUCCCGGGGCUUAUUUUCGGAAUUUUACGGUAAACAAGACAAUAUAAAGUACCAUAAAAAAGUUACAAUAUCUUUCACAUGAAAUACUUUGUUUGUACUUCAUUUUUAGUCAAAUUUGGCUGUCAUUCCCUUGUGUAGCGACACAACUUUCCCACCCCUUAAUCCAUGCCUAAAAUGCCCCAUAAAUCUCGGAUUUUUUAUGGUGUCAACCAUUAUCUGCUGUUCUUGCUAUUUCUUCCUUGAUAUCAAACCCCCUCAGUUCAGUAUGAGCAGAAACUUUAUCUUGGAAGAGAGCAAGAAGUUGCAAGGAGGAAUAUAGUCGGUUAAAGAAAUAAUAAUUGAAACGACAAAUCAAAGUUUCUUUCUCUUAAGAACUUUUUGUGUCAGCUGAAAUAUUAACUUGUCAGGUGUUUUCGUUUAUUUAGUUUCGUAUAGCAGUGUGUUUCUCUGUAUCUAGGAGGGUAUAUAUUAAUACACUGUAAAGAAUUCAAUCUCAGUAAUGCAAUCAGUAUCAGAAGUUUAGCUCAUUAAGUCGGUGAGAGGUACAGGGCCUAUGAAUACCUAUCUACUUCACAAAGCUAUCUGUAAAUAUGUAAAGCUAUCUGUUCUUAUGCAGGGCUAUGACUAUUUUCGAAUUCCCCGUACUACACUUUGUUUGCCCCCAAAAAUGCUCUUAGGAAAAUGCACUACUCCCAGGAGCAUUUGAAAACAAUAGUUCAUGCAAAAUUUGGGGGGCAAACAGAGUGUUUUAAGGGGAAUUCGGAAAUAGAGAAUACACCACUGUAAAGAGAUAUUACAAUGGAUACCAAUGUAUUUCUCUGUACAGUGGUGCCAAGCUCAAGUAGCUGUGUAUAAUAGCUCAGUGUAGUGAAUUGUGUUGUUAAGGGUAAAUAGUUAAGUAUAGCUGGGUUGGCGGAUUAUCAAGUGAGCGCUCUCUUUUGUGCACGUUUACAAGCUUAAAGCAGACUCAGCGAGAGAUAAUCACUUGCGGAUCUAGGGCUUGUUAUUUUUUAGGCCAAACGGAAGCCCUUAGGGCCAUUUCUUUUCAGGGACGGGGCCUCCCUCUUAUCUUAGGGCCUAGAUAAGCGCCGCUCCUUACACUCCCCCCCUCUUCUUAUAACUUUCAAAUCUGGCCCUAGCUGUUCAAAAGUUGGAUGACACUAUCUGGACACUGGAUAAAUCUCUGCUGUUUGCUAAUUAUCUGCGAAAAACUGGGGCCUGAAUCCACCACUGGUUCAAGUGCAUAAAAUCACGUGUAGAGAGAGGCAAAGACGGUAGCGAUUCUUUAGAGUGUCUUCCAUAAAUAAGCGCUGCUUCCUCCUCAAAAAACGCAAUUUUCAAAUUAUAUUUCUUUAGAAAUGUCAUUUAAGUUGAAAAGUCAAUUUUAAAACAUAUUUUGUGGAAUUUCAUUUUUCAGAUGCAAAUUGCACAGAUUCAUGAAUCUGAAACUGAUGUUCGUUGGCAAUACCCUGAGGAGAUUAAAGAGUGUCAUAAUUGUCACAAGGCUUUGAAAUCAGGAAAAGACAAGGUUGGUUCAAGAAAUUCAAAGCUAGUGAAAAAUAAUAUUGUAACUCUUCUUAAAAAAUCGUGAACUUCUAUACCUUCCUAGUUUUACUAAAAUUUCCAUUGUAACAGAGAGAAAAAAAGUAGGUUGAGUUUGAUCGUCCGGGUGAACGUACUCCUGAAUAGGACUGUUGUUGUUGACAGUGACUGACGUUUCGACAACCUGUGCGGUAGUCAUCUUCAGAGUCAAAGUGAGUUGUAUCACGUCAGUUGAUGGUAUUAUACUCUGGUUAUUGAUCUGAUUGGUCAGUUACGUCGCAAUAUUAUUGGUCGUAUGUCAGUUAAGCCGUGAUGUUAUUGGAUAUGAAGACUCGUAAUCAGUAAUUGGUGCGUUUCGAUCCAUCUAUUGUCACAGUUAAACAGUCGUCUAUUAUUAGUCAAAUUGUCAGUUCUCCAGUCGUUCUCUCGUAGUUAGUUUUGCUUGAUCUCGUCAAUAUGUCGUUUGUACGCCGCUGGUAACUGUUGGCUACGAUUCAGUGGCAUUUGUUCUAAGUUAGUAAACCAGCUUUCUAAAGUAAGACAUUGAUAGUAGUCUGUAGAAUACGUUAUACGUGCCGCAGAGCCCCAGUCAAUUCGAUCUUUCGUCUGUAAAUGGUGCUCAGCAAUGUGAUUGUUGACGUCACCAUUCCUCGUCGCUUGUUUGAGUUCGGUCAGUCGCGUGCUUAGAUUUCUGCCGGUUUCACCAAUGUAAGAAGCCUGGCAGUCGCAGCAUUUGCUCUCGUAUACUGCUCCCUGUCUGUCCUCCGGUUUGCCUUUGUCCUUGACAUUAGUAAGCCGUAAAGUGGUUAUCGGUUUGUGUGCAACACCUAUAUUGUAAGGUUGUAAUAUACGUGUAAUAGUUUCAGAUGUUCCUCUGAUGUACGGGCCAGAGUUGGUGUGAGUGUUGGAAUCAGUGUUACUGUGAGUGUUCCGUCUAACAAAGUCCGUGUUAUAAUUGUUCUUACUAAAAACAUUGUUAAGAUAAUCAGUCUCGUCUUGUAGGCUGUAAGGUGAGUCGCAAACUAGUUGCGCUCGUCUCGUCAAAGUCCCGAUAGUAGUAACCUUGUUAGAGGUCGGGUUGUACGAAGACUGGUCUAGUAAUUGGUCGGUAUGUGUCGGUUUUUUGUAAAUAGUCGUUUUUAGUUUGUUGUUGUCGCGAGUGACCAAGCAGUCUAGAAAACGUAUCUCACCAUUCUCUUCGAUCUCCUUGGUGAACUGUUUGUCCGCGUUCUGUCUGUUAAGGUGUUCGUGAAAAUCGUCGAUUCCGUCUUUGUGUACGGCGGUGAAUGUGUCGUCAACGUAACGUAACCAAAGAGGUACAGUUCGUGUUUAGGUAGCUAGGGCUUGUUCCUCGAUGUUUUAGAUGAUAAUUUCCGCUACAACUACAGAAACUGGAGAGACCAUAGCUGUACCGUGUAACUGUUUGUAGUGUUUGCCGUUUUACUGAAAGUACGUCGAAGUCAAAGAGGUUGAGUAGGUCAAUAAUGUCGUCUGUUGGUAGUGGUAGUCAAUAAAGUUCUCAGUAGACUGUAGUUUUUGUGUCUAGAUUCGUCAGUCGGCAGUUUCAGCCGGGGGUUUCAGUACGUUAGUUAAGCAUUUAGACAGUUGGUAGGUCGGGGACCCACAGAAAGAAACUAUGGGCCGCAUAGGUAUGUUAGGUUUGGCUGCGGAACACUACACCUCAGUCUGCUGUAGCGUCGAAAGUCGAUCAUGUCGGUUUUCUUCAGUGUAAGCAGUUUGUCGUUAAGUUUGCGUUGCAGUGCGGUUGUCGGGUCUCGUUUAAGUACUUCGUAGGUCUGUUUGUCGUUAACAAGCGAGUCCAUUUUGUCGUUGUAGUCUGUCUUGUCCAUAACAACAGUCACCCGUCCCUUGUCUGCGGGUAGUAUGACUAUGUUGUCGUAUGUUUUCAGUCGUUUAAGUGCUUUCUGUUCGUCAGGAGUCAAGUUACUGUUCGGUAAUGAGGCUGAUUGUAAAGUAGAGGUCACUCUACCUCUGAUGUUAUCCUUGGUCGAUUCUGAUAGCUCAUGUUGGCGAGACAGAACGGCCUCAACCCUAGAUACAAUAGCCUCAGUAGGUAUUUGUUUAGGUGUGACUGAGUGUUUUUAAGUCCGUAAGAAAGUACUUGUGUUUCAGUCUCGUCUAAGGGACGGGAAAAAAUAUUCGUGACCCAGUUUGCGUCGGGUUUACGUCGUUUAGCGUUUUUUGUAUCUUACAGUCUUGUCAGUUGAAAUGUCCCCGGGGGGGGGGGCUACUCCCAUACAUUACCUAUACGGGUAUGUGCCGCCUCACGGGGUCGUGAUUUUGAAGCUCCUGAUUUAGUAACGGGGUAUCCAUUUCAAAGGCGUUUUCUAGAACGGGGUAUAAUAUUUCGAACGCACGAAAGCUCCAGUUUUGUAAGCAGCCAUUUGAAAUUAUUUAUUUAAUUGUUGCUGAUUAUGAAGAAGCAUUUAUUCGAUGUAUAAGUCGCACAAAUAAAGAAAUAUCUUUUUAAACAAACAGGGCUAUUUCAAUUUACAAACUUUCUAGAACGGAGUAUAAAAAAUUGGCCCAUUUUUAGAACGGGGUAUCAGUUUUAGGGCGAAUUCCAGAGUGGGGUAUCAAUUUUAGGGGAAAUUUGUUUUAGAACGGGGUGCCAAUUUGGAGUCCCGGGCGGCACAUACCCACCCAAAAAAUACCCAAGUGGUCCCCCCUCCCCCCGGGAAAUGUCUCCUGGGUUCAAUCCUUUCACAGAGAAAAAAACUUCCGAUGGGUUUUGGGGGUUUAAUAAAUCUAUUUUUUAAUUGUUUUUUCUGCAUUUUUUGCACAGCAUCACUGCCAUCAUUGUGGGAAAGUAUUUUGUGAACCAUGUACAUCUAAAUCAGCGUUAGGAAGCAGCUCAAAAAGACCUCAUCCUGUAUGUGACAAAUGUCACGCAAUAUUAAACAAAGACUCCAAAUCUACGUUUUAUAACACCAACCUGGCAGAUGACAAUAGGUGAUAUACGUGUCGCGCAUAACCAAAGUAAUUGCAAUUCCAGGUUUUUGAACGUCACCUUGGACAGAGAUAUCAGCUCUGAAGCAGAUACCAAUAGGUGAUGGAUGUGUGUCACGGAAUAUUUAUCAGACCCUGGUUCUACGUUGUUUUACUUUAGCCUGGUGGUAUGGUGGCAGAUCAGGGGGGACAGGUUUUAUGGUGUUAGAGGUCAGAUGCAUUUAAUUGGUCACAACAACUAAUUAAUAUUGGUAACAACAGCUUAACAUAUUUUUCGUAACACUACUUACAACAGAGUUUGGACAUUAGUUUUGUCACAAAAUAGACCUGGUUAGGGGUUGUAAAUGACUUGUUGUUUGUAAGGAAUAAAGUAUACUUAAUUAAGGACACAAAUUUCAAUGCUGACAAAUUUAAUUAUUAUAUUGUUAAUGAGUGAUUUGUACAGAAAUAGUAUUGUUUUGCUGAAUAUUAUACAGUCACAGAAAGAAAAAUAAACAGAAGACAACUUUUAAGGCAGAGAAUUGCUGAAUUUUAUAUGGCCACAUGAUCACUAAUCAGCCAAUUGCAUGUAUCUCCAGGGAAAUAUAGUAGAUGCUCGAAUUAGCGCCCGGGGUGGUUGCUAGGGACUUCAUGAUCUGACAACAGCAACACCAGUGAAAACACCCCAGAAAAAUUGAUUUCCGGUAUUUUGAAACUUUUUCGCGAUCAUCCCAACUCGUUCAGCCUGUUAGAUUUAGGUCAAAAACCGGGCACCACCUCUAAGCUCCGAAAGACACACUAAACCAUAAGUCUCACUUCACGUCGUAGUUGUUCAAUGAAGGCAAAUAAACAUUAUAGAAAGUGUGAUACACUAACACGUGUUGUGCGGAGUUUAUUUCUUUUGUUUCUUUUUUGCUCACUAAACCUUUUACUUUUUGACGUUCUGGUUGUCGUCGCC